CUGAGUGGACAAUUCUACCUUCCCGGACAUGUGGAACUCAAACUUUAACGUGGUAGUUAAUUGUAAUCUAACUCUCUAUAUACCAAAGUGAUUUAUCUAGGAAUACAGUUGAACUUCACUGAAAACUAUUGAAAAUGGCUGGAAAGCAGGAACCAGAGGUGAUUGUGAAGGACCUUAGUGGUGAUCCUGAUGAAAUUGUGGAGAUUGAAAGCAUGUGUAUGAAUUGCCAUGAAAAUGGUAUGACAAGAAUGUUGCCUACUAAAAUACCGUUUUUUCGGUCUGUGAUGGUGUCGUCAUUUUCUUGUGAUCACUGCAAUUAUAGGAACACAGAAUUGCUGCAGUUGGGCGAUUUGCAACCAAAGGGAAUCAAAAUCAGUGUCAUCAUCAAGACCAAACAGGACUUGAACAGACAGCUCGUGAUCACGCCGUCUGCACUGGUGAAAAUUCCAGAUGUAGAUUUGGACAUUCCAUCAUCCAAAGGAAAUCUUACUACUGCUGAAGGCAUUCUCCAAAAUACGAUGGAUGAUCUCAAACUUGAACAACCUGUUCGUCGUAUCACAGAUCCAGAAAAUGCGGCCAAAAUUGAUGAAUUCAUAGCCCGUCUGCAACGAUUGAAAGAUUUGGAGGCACCCUUCACAAUAACUGUGGACGAUCCGAGUGGGAAUAGCUUUGUUGAGAAUCCAAAUGCGCCGCGAAAGGAUGAGCAGAUGACAAUAACUCAUUAUAAGCGGAGCAAGGAACAGGCAGAGGCGCUAGGGUAUCAGGUUGAGGAAGACAAGAGUGCAGAUGACGAUGUAGAAAAACCUGAAGAAGUGGUCACCUUCCAAGUUCAGUGUCCCAAUUGCCACGCAUCGUGUGAGACGCGUAUGAAGCAAGUCUCAAUCCCACACUUCAAGGAGGUUAUUAUCAUGGCUACUUCCUGCGAGAAGUGUGGAGUUCGUGAAAAUGAGGUGAAAUGUGGGGCAGGCGUUGAACCAAAGGGCCGGAGAAUAGUACUGAAAAUAACCGACCCGACGGACCUCUCACGGGAUGUUCUGAAAUCUGACAUGGCCGCUGUCCGGAUUCAGGAAUUAGAUUUUCAAACCGAGGAAGGCACGCUUGGCGGGAAGUUUACAACAUUGGAAGGCCUUUUGACUGACAUAAAAAAUCAGCUGCAAGGUGGAACUUCAUUCGUGAUGGGUGACAGUGCUGUCGCAGGGAGAAGGAACAGACUCGGUGAUUUCGUGAACGAACUUGAUCAAGUGAUCACUGGGAAGAGGCUGAAUGUACACAUUGAACUGGAUGAUCCAUCCGGCAACAGUUAUUUACAAAAUUUUUACGCACCCGACCCAGACCCAGAAAUGGUUACAACAGAAUAUGAGCGGAAUUAUGAACAGAAUGAAUUACUUGGUCUGAAUGACAUGAAGACAGAGGGCUAUGAAGAGGAUUAAUGUACUGUUUAAAGAGGGUUAAUGUACUGUUUAAAGAGGGUUAAUGUACUGUUUAAAGAAGGUUAAUGUACUGUUUAAAGAGGGUUAAUGUACUGUUUAAAGAGGGUUAAUGUACUGUUUAAAGAGGGUUAAUGUACUGUUUAAAGAGGGUUAAUGUCCUUUUUAAAGAGGGUUAAUGUGCUGUUCAAAGAGGGUUAAUGUACUGUUCAAAGAGGGUUAAAAUACUGUUUAAAGAGGGUUAACGUACUGUUUAAAGAGGGUUAACGUGCUGUUUAAAGAGGGUUAAGGUACUGUUUAAAGAGGGUUAAUGUACUGUUUAAAGAGGGUUAAUGUGCUGUUCAAAGAGGGUUAAUGUGCUGUUCAAAGAGGGUUAAUGUACUAUUUAAAAGAGGGUAAGUUUGCUGUUCAAGGGAGUUAAUGUGCUGUUAAAAGAGGACUCGAACAGUACGAAAUUACAAAAUGGGACUUGUGCCCGUUGUAUUUGAUUUGGAGGAUGCGAGUUGAAUAACGAAAUACGUACUCACUUUAUAGUUAAUUCCAUAACACGCUAUUUGGUGGUUAGUAGUGGUGACUACUUUAAUAAACAUUAUGAUGAAUAAAAAGGUAUCUUGUU